CACGGCAACCAAUGAAAAAUAUUUCCCCUUCAUACGUAAACAAAGCACCAACGCUUGUGCUGAUGGUCGCUGGGUUUGAUCAGCUGUUCUCCGUUUUGUCAACUAAAUUUAACAUUAAAAUCUAUAUGCAAAUAUCUUUCCUAUCUCACUGACAUUUGAAAAAAAAAUGUACUAUUUAAGCAAGUUUAUAUUUGGUGAGUCAGAAACUGAAAAGAAAGACUCAAGUGGAGAACAACUGGAAACCCAGCUCUUAGAUGACUGGGUUGUUGUCCAUCCUUCUGAUAAAGAGAAUAGUGGGAGGUCACAGUACAUCACUACAGGGCAGUCACAACACAUCAGUGGGCAGUCUCCUCACAUCACAUUUCAUCCUAAUUCUCAUCAUCACUUCCAUCAUCAUUCACACCUGCCCCACCAGGGUCAAGGACUCUGCUGUCACUCCCAAGUGGCUGGCGAUAGUCUGGGCGCCAACUUUGUGAUUGGUGAUGAAUUGCUGGAUGAUGCAGACUCCCUAGCUACCACGUGUGGCCAUGUGGCUCGCUUGUCUCCACUUCACGACUGUGGCAAUAUUGAUUUACUAGACAGUGACUGUUCCUCGGACACUGAGUCUGUACCAGAGUCUGUAUUCUCUGCCAGCUCAGGCCGGUCUCACGCAACCUACCACCCUCAUGGCAACGCCAGCGAGCCUUGGGUAGUUGCCCCUGCUCCAUGCUUUACAGGUUCUCAAGUCGGGGAGAAAGACGGUCUCUCUGACAGCCCGUUGGAGAACUUACUGAUAGAGCACCCCUCCAUGUCAGUUUAUCUCUCACUUCGUACAUCUCACCACCUUCCUUCCAUUCGUCCUACAGGUGAAGGCUUCAGGGAUAUUGUCCAGGAGGAUCCAGUCCUUCAGCCUGAGCCAGAUGGUGCUGCAGUCAGUGUGGUGGAAACGAGGCUUGUGAACUCAAUGCUGUCCCCCGGCUUAGCGACACCUGAACAGAUGACACUUAGACUUCGCUCGGCUCAACGAAUUCAAAACUGCAAGUCGAAAAGAAGUAUAACAAACCGCAGGUGUGAGCAACAAAACAAAGUUUAUGAAGUUCAAGGGCAGUCAAAGGCUAAUAAUCGUAGAAAUAAACGCUUACGUCCCUCUGGCUUCAAAUCCUCUCGCAUAACUCAACGCAUGUAAUCAAUUAGGCAUCUCUAGAACUAUGUACAAACUUAUAUUUAAACCACUUGAAACUAAUUAUUAAUCAAUUGUGAUAGAAGCCUCUCCCAGUCAGCUAAUCUAUGUAUUCCCCCACUUCUACAAAUUAACUACUAUCACCUUGGAUGGGACUUACAUAUAUCCAAGCAUAAGAAUUUUAUUAUUAGCUAAAUAAUAUUUACUCCAUCAACAGUUAAAACAUAAAAUAGAUUCUAUGAAAUUUUGUAUCGCUAUCUGUGCACAAUUUGAUUCUAAAAGAAAGUUGUUUUUUUUUUUUUUACCAUAUUAUUUACAGUUUUGCAAAACCAAGUUUCCUCUAGUACUGAAUAUUUUUAGAAACAAGAACUUGCUUGAAAGAAAAAUCAGCAAGCCCUAUUUUUAAAUGUUUUCUGUAAUUGUAUCUGUUGUAAUAUUGAAAACUAUUCUUUUUGUGAAAAAAAAAAAAAAAGAAAAGAUUAUCACUUUUUAUCUAUGCUCUUUUUGUUUCUCCCAUUAGCAGUGGAAAUAAACAUAUUGAUUAGCUAUUGGUGUUUUUUUUUUUUCCUUCUCCACUUCCAGUUUUUGUGACCAAAAAAAAACAAACAAAAUGUAACUGCAGCAGACUAUCUCUAUAUAAUUCAAGACUCUCAAAGCAGAUCAUGUUUGUAUUGAGCUUGUUCUUCUGUUUUGACAACCUGGCCCUUUCUGACAGCUAAGUCAACUGUGUUGAAGAGUUACACCAACUAUUAUUGAAAUGAUAAACUGCGAUGCGACUAUUUAUUUUGUUUAAAAGAGGGAAAACUAUUGUGCAAAUGUACAUAUGCAGAUCAUAACUGAAUAUGUAAAAACUAUUUGAAGCUGCAGCGAAAAUAAAAGUAUUUAGAAACUCACAUUUGAUGCAGUUGCUAAAAGUAACCUAUUAAGAUGCUACAUUUGAACUUGUGAUGCUUGCCUUCAGCUACUGAGAGAAGUAAAGAACAUUGUGAUCUCUAACUUUGGUGCUGACAUUAUCUGCAACAUUCAACAUUGACAUCAUGAUAUUCAUAAGAUUGCACUAGUUGGGAACAUGUGAUGAUGUGUUUUUGUUCUACCUAGGCCCUUUUGACACACACACAUUUAUAUAUAUUUAUUUUUAAUACACAUGACUUCUCUGUUUUUUAGUGUUGACAUUAUUAGAAUGUUUUUGAAAUAAAAUGAUGUUGAAUAGUGUGAAUUUAUGGAUGAGGAAGAAGAGCUUAUUGCUUGGUUGGUAUUUAAGUUUUAUAAGCCUUAAACACAUGGUCUUCAUUUGCAUCAUCUGAUUACCUCUACUGACAGUGUCCUUUAUCUGAUUAUCACUUGCUUACAUCGUCUGUUGGUUAUUGCUUUCUGACAGUGUUAUUCUCUGAUCAUUACUUGCUGAUAUUGUCACAUGAUCAUCACUAUUAUACAUCUAAAAAAAAAAAAAAAGCUUUUUAUCUUAUUUCUAAUCUCUCAAAUUUUCAUGUCAUAAGUUUGAACUGUGGCUGACAAUUUGCAGUCUGUGUGUUUUAAGUGUUACAAUGGCCGCUUCUCCUCAAUACAUGUCUGACUAGUGCAGUCAGUUGGGAAAAAUGUGAUAUUUGCAUUCACUGAACAAGUGAGGUUAGUCACUGAACAAAUGUUACUGUAGUUACUGGACAAAUGAGGUUAGUCAUUGGAUAUUGUGUGAACAACUAGUUGCAAUCAACAAAAUUAUUUAACAUCAAAUUUUUGAGAGCUACAAGUUCAUCUGUGUAAAUUAAGGAUGUGGAUAAAUAAAAGUUGAACUGCUGGGAACUAGCAGAAUUUAGUUCUUUUGCCAAAUGAAUUGUGAAGAUGGUAAUUGUAGUUAGUUCUCUAUUAUUUUGUCACCUAGCUUAAAUGUUUGAUCAUAAAUGUGCCAUUUGACUUUACAAAAUUGUGACAAUAUUUUGUGUGUGUGUAUACAUUGUUUUUACACUAGCACUAGACACUAUAUCUUAUAAAAUAUUAGGAUGAAAAAAAAAACAUCUCUUGAAAUUUGAAUUCAAUUUUUAUUCAAAUGAAUCAAGGCAUUAAGUUCAUGCUCUAAUAUUGCUGAAGCAUUGCUAUCAUUUUGUUAAAUUUAUUUUUAAAAAUAGCUGUUGCUAUAAUUUAGAAAUAUACCGUACAUACUAAAACACAUAUUGAACAAGCUUAUCAAUUGUGACCUACUUGAUAAACAGCAGCCAAAAUUUAACAAAAAGUUUUAAGGUGAAUACAAUUCACUUGCUGACAUGAUAGUGUAGUCCUCUAAUCUAACAUCACUUGUUUAGAAAUGUCAUAGUAAUGCCAAGAUCCUGGCAUGGCGCAGUCUUCAACUCUGGCUUACAUAUAUUAUAUUUAUACUUAUUUGUUUGAUCCAAUACUACAAACAAUUACACCUUAUUAAAUAGGCUCUUAAAAAGCAGACAAGAAAUUGAUUUUUUUUUUAAAUACUGAAAUGUUCUUUUGGCUGACACUAAUUUAUUAGAGACAAAUUGAUUUUGUUGAGACAGGUAUUAACACCAGUUUCAGUAGCACAGUCAAGCAGAUGUAGUGGGAGUUAUUUUUUUCUUCAGUGUUGUUAGCCUAGAUUAGUAGUUAUGUAUACACAUUAUUCAACUAGAUCUAGUAGCAUGUAUUAAAAUUUCUAUGUUAUGAAUGUAUUUUUGUAAAUGUUACUCUGUAUCUUAAGGAGAGACUUAAACACAUGCUAAUGUACACAUACAGUUGAAGUUAUCUGACUACACAGAAAACAUGGAAUAUUGACUCCAUGUACAAAUCCAUGUCUAUAAGGAGAGUCAAUGAGUGGCACAUUUUGGUAUUGUAUGCUCAAGUAUAUUUUUUUUUUCCUUCUACUUUGUCUUGCAGGAUGUUGUAUGUCUUACCUCCUCAAAGUAGUGAUUGUAACAAGUGUGUAAUGUACUCAAGUGUAAACAUAUUUUCAAUUUUACUUUGCACAUUCAUGUUUCUAUUUUGAAAUGUCAACAUUGGAACUCAUAUUUUUAUCCAUUUUAUUUUUAGCUCUUUUUUCUCUUUUUGUUGUUGAAACUGGCCUGAUAUUCCUGCCAUAUAUGUAAAUGAUGAGGGUCGUUUUAGUGACCUUAUUUAAUAGAUCAAUUAGCAUAUACUAUUAAAAUUUUAAUUUUCAAAAUAAA